GUCUGGAUUCCAGUGGGUCGCGUGCGGGCCGUUGGUGAUCGCCGCGAGACGGGCGCGCGCCUGACUGCGGAGAGUGAGCAAGUGUGCGCGCGCCUGACUGCGGAGAGUGAGCAAGUGUGCGCGCGCCUGACUGCGGAGAGUGAGCAAGUGUGCGCGCUGGAGGGAGAGGGUGAAUAAUAAGUACGGGUGGUCGCGGUAGGGGAUUAUCGGGAGUAAGUGUGGGGGAUGGUGUAACGUAGUAUCGGGCUUUGGGCGACAAAAAGGCGAGUAUGGGUCGGUCAAUGAAAGGGGUAGGAUAGAGGGUAAGCCUUCGUAUGAAAGAAGAAGAAAGAAUUGGGGAGGGGAGUGGAAACAGGUAGAGGGGAGUGUGAGGGGCUGAAGUGAACCGGAAGUGGAAGGAGCGCAGGGAGCAACUUAGAACCCAGCGAAGGGUGACCAAGAAACUGAUUUUUUUUAAAAAUGCGAACACAGGCUGCUAAAAAUAACGCAAGGGUGCGUUUUUAAAGCUCCUUUAGGAAUAUGAAAAGGAAAACAUUAAUGUGAACAAGUGUGGACCCUUAAUGAGGACAGAAGAAUUUAACAUGGAGGACAGGAAAAUGGCACAGAAGCUCACUUGUGCCUGUCUUCAUGGAAAAAGGAUGCAGAAAAUCUCCCAGAAAUGCCACGCAACCAGAUUGGCAACUUGACAUGGAUUUAGAAUGGUGACGUUAUGUUUAACAAACAUGUAGAUUUUUGAAGACUACUUCCAGCACAGAGAAAUAAUUAGAAUUACCUUUAUUGUCACAUGUACUCAAAGGAGUAAUGUGUAUAAGUCACCAUAUACAGUGGUACAGCUUCUUCAGUUACAGUUUUUAGAACAACAGAGAAGUAAAAAGUUCAGUGUAACAUCUUCCAACCCAAUCCAUGCUGGCACCUAGCUCCUUCACUCCCCACUUGACUCAAGACUGCGCUGGGCUUCACCUCAGGGUUCACAAGGCUGGGAUAUCACUCUGGAAUCACCUUGAGUCCAGAAAGCCAUGCCAUUCGGGCAGGCUGAGGUGAGGCUUGGUCAAGUCAGCACAGAGGUCACAUGUUCGGAGCCAGGGUGUUCCAUGGUUGAAGGGCUCGGAAGUGUACGUGGUGUGUUUCAGAAGGCUUUUGAUAGGGCCCCCUGUAGGAAGUUAGUAAACAAAAUUAGAGAUUCAGGUUAUAUACUAGCAUCAACUGAGAAUUGGUUAGAACUUGUAAUAUUUCCAUAUUUGCUGAAGACACAAAACUAUGUGAAAACUUAAACUGUGAGGAAGUUAAAAGGAGGCUUAGUGGACUUGGACAGGUUUAAGUGAAUGGACAAGAAUGUUGCAGAUGGAAUAUGUGAAUAAGUGUUGUUAUCCAUUUUGGUGGGGGUGAAAAAACAGACAAACAAAGUAUUUGUCAAGGGUGAGAGAUUGGGAGUUGUUGAUGUCCCAAAAGAACCGAUGCUUCCUUUCUGAUGAGAGAUAAUGGGAACUGCAGAUGCUGGAGAAUCCAAAAUAAUAAAAUGUGAGGCUGGAUGAACACCGCAGGCCAAGCAGCAUCUCAGGAGCACAAAAGCUGACGUUUCGGGCCUAGACCCUUCUUCAGAGAUGAGUCUGUUUUAAAGAGUAGCAUGUAGGUUCAACAAUCAAUGAGGAAGGCAAAUGGAGUGCUGCUCUUAAUCAUGAGGUAAUUUGAAUAAAGCAGUUUUGCGGUAGUUGUUUAAAGCCUUGGACUGCUACUGGAUUAUUGCAUACAGUUUUUGGCAUCCUGAUCUAAAAGAGGAUAUACUAGUGUACAGCGAGUGCAACAGAGUUUCCCCAGUUUAAUCCCUGUUAUGGUGAGGUUCUUUUAUGUGUAGAGAUUGAGGAAACUGGGCUUGUAUUCUCUAGACUUUUGAAGAAUGAGAGCUUAGUCAUUGAAGCUUACAAAUUCUUUCAGGGUGUCAUAAGGCAGAUGAGACUUUUCUUCUGGCUGGUGGGUGGGGAUAGAACCAGGGGACAUCAUUUCAGAAUAAGGUGUAGGCCAUUUAAGACUGGCGUUUCAUUACUCGGGGCUGUAGAUCUUUUAAUUUCUGUACCCCAAGUGCUGAGGACACUCAGUCCUCAAAUUUCUGGAAUCUAAUCAAGAUAUAUAGAGAGUGCACAGCAAAAUGACAGUGAAGUAGAUCGUAGAUCAUAGAAUUCCACAAUGUGGAAACAGACCAUUCGGCCCAACAAACCCACACCAUACCUCCAAAUAUUCUGCCUCCUAAUACUCAGAAGGAAUAGAAGAAUGUCACCGAACUAGUAAUCCAGAUUAGCAAGAUAAUAUCCUGGGGAACUUGUGUUCAAAUCUUGAUCACCCAUAAUCUAAUUGAAUGGUGGAACAGGUUCAAGGCUGAAUGGCCUCUUGCUCUUCAUUUGGAGUGAGAGUGAGAGGCAUGCGCAGGGGACUGGAAGGGAUCGUAAGUGAAUGGAAAAGGUUAGAAAUGGGUAUUAGUAGAGGGGAAUAGUUUGUGGAAGUGGAUGGGGAUAGCAGCACUUGAUCUGGGAACUGAAGUGGGCCAUAUUGAGGAGAGAAAAUAACUAGAAGAUAGCUGGAUCUGAUGAGGAAUUAUGGCAACCAAGUGGACUGUAGGGGAUUUAUCUCCAGUGUUAUGCCUGGACGUUAACAGUGAAGGCCUUGUGGCAUCAGGGGCAGAGAAGGGAGCCCUUACAAUCUGGAACAGCCAAGGUGCUGCCAUCAGCCACUUAAAUCUAGGAGAUGGUGACGAUGUCACGUGUGUGUCAUUCUCACACAAUUGUUCCAACAUUCUGUACACAUCUCACGGUAAAACAGUCAGUGUAUUAGACAUUCGGGCUUUUGAGGAACCUGCUGAUUGCUUCCAAGUGAACGAGGAUGAGAUAAACUGCUUGUCUGUUAAUGAAACAGGCAGCCAUCUUGCAGCUGCGGAUGAUUCUGGAUCAAUAAAAGUCAUAGAGUUGGCAAGCAAGAAGGUCAGCCGCUCUUUACGGCGACAUUCAAAUAUUUGUUCCUGUGUGACCUUCCGACCUCAAAGACCACAGAGUUUACUUUCCUGUGGAUUAGAUAUGCAGGUGAUGCUGUGGAACCUUCAGAAAACCCGCCCUCUUUGGACUGUGAACCUUCAGGACCUAGUGCAAGAGGAGAUGGAAGAAAUGCAGCAGGGAGCUGGGUGUCAGCUUUUCAAUCCACCACUGGCCCACUUCACAACAGUUGCCAGUUGUGGCAACAUAUUUGGCUGUGGGGCUGAAGAUGGCAAGAUACGGUUAUUCAGAGUGACGGGAACAAGAUUUGAGUUGGAAUAUGCGUUCCGUGGUCACAGUUUGGGUGUUUCUCAGGUUCAUUUUCUGAACUCUCUUUCUCACCCGUAUUGGCUCAUUUCUGGAGGCAAUGAUGCAAGUGUCAGACUGUGGGAUGUUAGUGAGCAAAUCACAUCUGAUGUCAAAGUCCCUUUAAAAUCAACUGGGAAAAAAUCAGUUGGCCCUACUUCUAAGAAAGGUCUUGGGGUUGGAAGAAGUGACCGUGAUGCAAAAACCUGGAAAGAAAAUAAAUCAAAUUCUAUUUUGCCAAAACUCAGUAUUGAACAUGGAGAAAAAGUGAACUGGAUUUCUGCUGUGGACACGAAAGGUUCUAAGUAUAUACUAGUUGCUGAUCAAUCUUGUCAGAUAUCACUAUAUCCCCUCUCAGGCUUAUAGAUAAUGCAGUGUGUGAUCAUUUUCAGAAGAUAUUGUCUCAUCUUUAAUUAAAGAGAGAAUGUAAACCUAACUUGUUAAGGGCUCUUGUGAUGUAAUGGUUUGUCCCUGUCUCUGGGCCAGAAGGCCGGGGCUCGAAUCUCUCCUGCUCCAGAAGUUUGUCAUGACAUGUCUGAACAGGUUUGAUUAAAAAUAUCUAAAACUAAAUCAGUGGAGUUCCAGCAAAGUUUGGAAUGUUUUAAUUGAAACCCAGAUAUUCUUGGUGAAAUUUGAGGGCUACCUGUGUAUACUUUCUUAUAAACAGCUUUGAUAUAUCAACACUUUCACAAUGGUUUAUAUAAUGCAAAAAACUGUUAGAAUAAUCCAACAAACAUUAGCCUCUCAAAUUGGCAAAAUUGUGUUUUUUCGAUUCAAAGAAUUAAAAACGAAUCAUAUUUAUGCAGGUUUUGACAUUAAAACUCGGAGUACGUAAAUGUAUUUAGAGUUUAAAAAUCUUUUAUAUAACUACUUUGAGAACACUCGGAGGGGGCCCCUUCAAACUGGGAAUACUGAAGAGCAACUAAGAGAUCACUGGGAAUUUUGGAAGCAGGAAGCAGUAAUCGUGGGUGCUGAUUUAAUGUUUUCUGUGAGCAGUUCGUCAUCGAUCAUGAAGCAGAAUAUUGCAGUUGCUGAAAAACUGAAAUAAAAUGCUGGAAAAAUCUUUAGGUGGCAAGAAAAUAGGUAACAUUUCAGGUGUAAUCUUAAGUCAGAAUUGGAAAAUGGUUGAUGUGUAGUGGGUUUUGACCUGGAGUGAGUGGUACAAGGAGUAAAGGAGGCUCUGUGAUAGAGUGAAAGACAGGAGAAAUUGACUAACACGGGUUAGUCCUCCAGGGCCAAAGGAUAAGAGCAGGACAUGGCACAGGUACAGUAAUCAAUGUAAGAGGGGGGUGGCAGUGGCGGCGGCAGCAGGGGCGGAUGAUGAUGGUAACGGAUGGAAAGUGAUUGCUCCUCUUCCAAAGAGAUGGACACCCCUCUAGCUGUCAUGAUAUGUGGAAGAUAUGGAGGGAUUGAACAUCCAUGAUGAAGAAGGGACAGAAUCAGGAAAUUGGAACUUUUAAAGUGAUAGGAAGCAUCAGAAGAGUAAUAGGUGUAGAUAGAGUAAGUCUAGAUGAUGGGAGGAAAAUAGUCAAGAUAAAAAGAAGUAUGUUAAUUGGGGCAAGAACAAGUGGAAACAAAUCUUCAAGGGCAGUCCAGUAGAAGAAAUCUGUAUGGCGUUAGGGAACGAUGAGGUGCAAAGCCACAGUUGCAAGAUCCACUCUAUCUCCAUAGAACCCUACCAUGCAAAUAUAUGGAAUGUAAUACUUGACCUUUUACUUUGUCUCUUCUUACUAUUUAAGGUUCCACACAUUCCUACAUGAAAUAUGAUUUAGGUGAACACCUUUCACACCAGUUUACUAUAUUCCCUGCUCAGUGCAAUCUUCUCCAUACUGGGGAGAUCAAAUGCAGUUUGCAAGACUGCUUUCUUGAACACCUCUGUUCUGUUUGCAAUUGUGAUUAUAAAUUUCCAUUGUUCUGUCAUUUUAAUUCAUGCCUUUGCUUUUAUGCUGAUAUUUCUGCCCUUGGUAUACUCUUCUAUUCCAUUCAGCUUCAGAACCAGCCCGUCAUCUUUGGUUUAGACACUUUAUAUGCCAUUGGACUCAAACUUCAGUUCAGCAAUUUCAGAUCAUAAACUCCAACCCCAUUUUAUUCCCUUUCUUUCCUCAUUUGUGUUUUUAUAUCAGUCAGCAGCUUAUCUACUUGAAGCAUAUAUUUUGUUUCCUUUCUUAUCCCGUCAUAUUCCCUUUGACCAUAGAGGAUAACUCUUAUGUUGGUCAAUCUCUUCCGUCUGAUCAAAGAUUUGACUUUGUCCCACCCAGACCUUGGUAAGACUUAUUAUAUCUUGUAAGUUUGCUGAGUUCUGAUGAAAGGUCACAGGUUUGGUUCUCUAUGCUGAUGCUGCUUAACCUUGAGAUAUUUCCCCAGAAUGUUGUUUUUAAUUUAUAAUAAUCCUGCCUAUUAACCAUGUUGGAGUUGCCGAAAUAAAACUUAGAGAACUCAGUCUCGUAAUUCUUUCAAAUCUGUUUUUGGCAAUAUGAUGGUCUGCAAAAGUUCCAGCAGUUGAAGGGACACAUUGUUUUCCUUCAAGUCAUGUUGAUCCGUAAUUUGUGCAAUGGGAAAUCGAAUAAACCGCAUAUGUUCAGCAGACUUAGAUGUUUUGGAAAAGCCCAACUAUUAUCAGGUACAAUUAUCAUCUGGUUGAAAUCAAGGGUUUUGAGACCUGCUAGUGUUUUGGAGUAAGCAUUUGAGUGCAAAUAAAGCUUGAAAUUUAAAACUACA